UUCAAUAUUUACAUCAUCAAAAAAACAAACUCUAAAAUUCUAUCUUCUUCGUUCCAUCUUCUCUGCCUGCAGCUGCCUUUACCCAUAGCCUUCCUCCUCAUCCUCUCCCGUAGCAGCUGCAUCUCCAGGUUCGAUCUUGAUCUUCUCCCGUAGCCGUUGCAUCUCCAGGUUCGUUUUCUUGAUUUUUCCAUGGAAAAUUUCAAUCGGAGUCAGAGCAGCGACUACACGUCGAAGGACGAAGGCACGGAGGACUAUCGGCGCGGCGGCUACCACGCCAUCCGAAUCAGUGACACUUUCAAGAGCGGACGGUAUGUCGUUCAGACCAAGCUCGGCUGGGGCCAUUUCUCCACCAUCUGGCUCGCCUGGGACACCCAACACUCUAGAUUUGUUGCUCUGAAAGUGCAAAAGAGUGCUGACCACUACACCAAGGCGGCCAUGGAUGAGAUAACCAUCUUGAAACAGAUUGCAAAGGGAGACCCAGAUGAUAAAAAAUGUGUGGUGAAGCUAUAAUGUAGAGAACCUAAUUAUUUAGAGAACCUAUCUUCGAAUAAUUUGGUUAUUGCUCUCCUUCAA